AAAAAAGAGUGGCGGCAUCAUCUAUACUCAACCAACAGCGUUUUUAGGUUAUUCGGCGAAUAACUGAAUUUGUAUUUAUUUUGACUGUUAAAAGGAAAAGACAAAUAACCAAAAAUGGCAGCCGCUAUGCCCAUCAACCCCAAGCCUUUCCUCAACAGUUUGACGGGGAAAUCCGUGCUUGUGAGGCUAAAAUGGGGCCAUGAAUAUAAAGGGCUUUUGGUGUCCGCCGAUGGUUACAUGAAUCUGCAGUUAGCUAACACCGAGGAAAUUGUUGACGGCAAAUGCACAGGAAAUCUUGGAGAAGUUCUAAUCAGAUGUAACAAUGUUCUGUACGUACGAGGGGCAGAAGAAGAGGAUGAAGAGGGAGAAAUGAAAGAAUAACUUUUAGUCUAUAAGUUUUAUAAGUUACAAUAAGUGUACUAGGGUAUUGGACUUACCGAGAACAUGAAACUGGUAAAAGGAUCUGUACUGAGAACCAAUGAGAUAUUA